UGUCCACGUUACGUGCAUGUCCCGGCAUAGCAGAGUUGCUUGGAAAGGACGUGGGCACAUCAGUCGACGAGGAACUGUAAGACUGACAGAUCGCGCACAGAGGUCGUUUGAAGGCCAAACCUACCUUAACUUAGAGCCGAUGGCAGGAGUCUAGAACGGCGCGUUCCUAGCGCCAAUUUCGGGAAGUUACAAAAUUCCAACUCUGGAGAUGUACAGUUUGUAUGCACUCGUUGUUCGUGAUGUGUUUGCCAUAUUAUUGUGCUGGAUAGGGUUCAAUUCUGUCCAUGUCUGUCAAGUCCUGACAAACAAGGAUAAGAUGCCUGCUAUCCAGGCUCGCCCAAGAUGAAAGUUACUCAGGGCAAUCAGGGCCUUAAUGUGCUUGCUUCCCCUCUGUGCAGAAAGCAUGUUUAAUUUCUUGAUUGCCAAUGUGUAGUUUGAUUCUGAGGUCCCCAGUCUUUGAUUGGGGUGUGAUUCCGCCUGCUUCACUGGAAAAUAAUGCGAACAGCCUUCUUAGACUUUGGCUACUGCCUCGUCCUCAAUGUCUUUAUGGGUCAUGCUCAUGCCACUCGGCCUCCAAUCUGCUAUACAUUCCAUUAGUAUAUCUUAUCCGAAGUUUCCGAACAACAAUGGGGGAGAGCUUCUACUCUCCCAAUAUGGAAGUUAACCACCGGACACAGCGUCGGCCAAAGACACACGUUGUUCUCGUCCACUCACAGUCCACUUGACACUUCUUGCUUACUCCAUUUGGCCCACUAUUCUUUGUACCAAAAUGUCGCGUCUUUGGCUUCCGAUCAACCCUCAGUUUGAAAAACCGCAACUACCUUACCCCUUUCUUACAUGGAAGCCGUUCGAUAUACCAAAUGAUAUCACAACCUUCGAGGACGCGCUACACUAUGCUCUUGCGCAAAGAAACCUUACUUACGAGCAACUGGCACCUGUCAAAAGGGAGUACAGACAACGCACUGAUUCAAAUAUGAGGCAGACUAAGCGAGUUUGCAUAGUUUGUCGUGACGGAACUGAGUACUUGGACCAUACCAAGACUCAAAACCGCCACGAAGGUACAAUCUGUCACAAAAAGGGUCUAGCUUACGUUCUCGGCCUUGACGAGGAUACAUUCCUUCACUAUUUUGUACCGUGCGACUUUUGCGCUCAAACUUUCACUAAUGAUCGCGCAUUGAAAAACCAUCUCCACAAAUUUAUUCACACUUCUAAUCCGACACAAGCGGGUGCGUCUGAGGGCGUCAAGAUCAACCGGCCACGCGAAGACAUGACAGGCGCGGCUGAAAACAAACCGCAUUAUAAUUCGAAAGUUUCCUCGAGAUACAGUAGCCAUCACGCGCGUCCAGUCUUGACUUCCGUCGAUAAUUUGUCUGUCUCGGUUUCUGGUAGCUCAACAAUGACGCCUCUCUCUUCGCCAACCUCACGGCUCCCAGGCCGGGCUGCGUGGGCGGUCGACACAACGGACUAUCUUUCCCCCCGGAGGCUUGUUCCUGGUCAAAUGUCAUCACAAAUGGCAACCUCUUCUUCGACUGGCCAGCUUCGUUCUCUGACUCUUCCGUCCAACAAAACCUUCACGAAGUCUGCGGCAUUUAUCAAUGGCCAAUCUGUUACUGUCGCAGCGCCUACCUCAAGUAGUGCACAUAAUGCUUCCCCUCCUCCUCCUUACACCUGUAUCUCUGGACAUCCUCUCAAACGCAAACGAAGUGAUGAAGAUGAAGGGACAGGUCGGGAAGUGCCGCCCUCAUUCCACCCUACCGCUCAUUCUCGCACCGGAGUCACCACACAAGAGAGGCAGCUCAGGCUGACCCAAGUCCUGGAUAUCAUCUACAAUCGGCUGGAUUGGUCUCGUUUGGAAGGGGAGGACCUGGUCCUCGUUGUUGCCUCCUACCUCCAAUGUCGCCAGUCACUGCGCGACAUGCACGUCGUUCAUAGACCGGUCAUUCUGCCAAGGCCGAUAGCCUACCAGUGGCGGACUGACGACUAAUUGUGACACAGAAGUGUUUUCUAACCUAUAUAUCCCGACACCCUUAUACCUAGCCGAUCAAGCAUGUCUUUUGUUUGAUAUCAUGCGUAUUACUUUUUGGACCGUGUGCGUACUGUAAUGUACCAAGUAUUGUUAUGCCUACAAACGAAUUCCCACACCUAUUCUCACU